CUCUCAUUCUCACUACCAUGAAACGUUGUUAUCAUCAUUUGGAAUUUCUUGAUCAAUUCUCAAUCCAACAGUAGUGAAUAAACAAGCAAGGAGAAAUCGGAUCCCAAUUCCGAAUUCCCAACUUGAAGAGAAGAGAAACAAUGACUUCAGGAAGCAAGGGAUCGCAACAGCAACAGCAACAGCAGCAGCAAUCUCAAGCUCAGUCUUCAGGCACUAGCUACGUCAGAGACCCUACUAAUAAAGCCAUUGCACAGUACACCGUCGACGCUCGCCUCCACGCCGUCUUCGAACAAUCCGGCGAGUCAGGUAAGUCUUUUGAUUAUACCCAAUCGGUCAAAACCACUACUAAAUCCGUACCGGAGCUACAGAUUUCCGCUUAUUUGACCAAAAUUCAGAGAGGCGGUUACAUCCAGCCCUUCGGUUGUAUGAUUUCCGUUGAGGAAUCCUCAUUUCGAGUCAUUGCUUUCAGUGAAAACGCACAAGAGUUGCUAGGUUUGACACAUCAAUCUGUUCCCACCCUCGAGAAACCCGAAAUUCUCACAAUCGGAACCGACGUCCGUACUCUCUUCACUCCCUCCAGCACUGUCUUGCUCGAGAGGGCAUUUGGCGCGCGGGAAGUCACACUUUUGAAUCCUGUCUGGAUUCACUCUAAGAAUUCCGGAAAACCCUUUUACGCCAUUCUCCACAGAAUCGAUGUUGGUAUAGUCAUCGAUUUGGAGCCGGCAAGAACAGAGGAUCCUGCUCUCUCCAUCGCCGGAGCUGUCCAGUCGCAAAAGCUCGCAGUCCGAGCAAUCUCUCAUCUACAAUCCCUCCCCGGCGGAGACAUUAAGCUAUUAUGCGACACUGUAGUCAACUGCGUCAGAGAGCUUACUGGCUACGAUAGAGUAAUGGUGUACAAGUUUCACGAAGACGAACAUGGCGAAGUUGUGGCGGAAAACAAGAAGCACGAUUUAGAGCCCUACAUCGGUUUACACUAUCCCGCCACUGACAUCCCUCAAGCCUCUAGAUUCCUAUUUAAACAGAAUCGAGUAAGAAUGAUCGUCGACUGUCAUUCAACAAGCGUCCCAGUUAUUCAAGACGACGCCCUCAUGCAGCCUCUCUGUUUAGUAGGUUCGACUCUUCGCGCCCCCCACGGUUGCCAUGCCCAAUACAUGGCUAACAUGGGUUCCAUAGCUUCUCUAGCCAUGGCGGUUAUAAUAAAUGGAAACGAUGAUGAAACAAAUUUAGGCGGUCGAAACUCUAUGAAGCUCUGGGGGCUCGUCGUUUGCCAUCAUACCUCAGCUAGAUGCAUUCCAUUUCCUCUUCGAUACGCCUGCGAGUUCCUAAUGCAGGCGUUUGGCCUCCAACUGAACAUGGAAAUGCAACUCGCUUCCCAAUUAGCAGAAAAACAUGUCCUGAGAACACAAACGUUGUUGUGUGACAUGAUCCUUAGGGAUUCCCCAACCGGGAUUGUUACUCAAAGCCCGAGUAUAAUGGACCUUGUGAAGUGCAAUGGAGCCGCACUUUACUACCAAGGCCGGUACUACCCUUUAGGAGUCACACCAACCGAAACUCAGAUCAAGGAUAUAGUCGAAUGGCUAUUGGCCUGUCAUGGAGACUCAACCGGUUUAAGCACAGACAGUUUGGGUGAUGCAGGUUAUAAAGGUGCAGCCUCCUUAGGGAACGCGGUUUGUGGAAUGGCUGUUGCUUAUAUUACUACACGUGACUUCUUAUUCUGGUUCAGAUCUCAUACAGCUAAAGAGAUUAAAUGGGGUGGUGCUAAGCAUCAUCCUGAAGAUAAAGACGAUGGGCAGAGGAUGCAUCCGCGAUCAUCUUUUAAGGCGUUUCUAGAAGUUGUUAAGAGCAGGAGUUUGCCAUGGGAGACUGCUGAGAUGGAUGCAAUUCAUUCGUUGCAGCUUAUAUUGCGAGAUUCGUUUAAGGAUUCAGAGGGGAAUAAUAAUUCGAAGGCGGUUGUGCCUGCACCGGUUGGGGGUGGGGAAUUGCAAGGGAUUGACGAGCUUAGCUCGGUUGCGCGAGAGAUGGUUAGAUUGAUUGAGACUGCAACUGCUCCGAUUUUUGCUGUGGAUGUUGAUGGGUGUAUAAAUGGUUGGAAUGCUAAAGUUGCGGAAUUGACUGGUUUGCCUGUUGAAGAAGCUAUGGAGAAAUCUUUGGUUCAUGAUCUUGUUUAUAAGGAGUCUCAAGCUAUUGUUGAGAAGCUUCUGUAUAAUGCUCUUAAAGGCGAAGAAGAUCGUAAUAUAGAAAUUAAACUGAAGACAUUCGGCAUUGAGCAACACAAAAAGGCUGUAUUCGUGGUAGUCAACGCUUGCUAUAGCCGAGAUUACGCCAACAACAUAGUGGGUGUAUGUUUUGUGGGUCAGGAUGUAACCGGUCAGAAAGUGGUUAUGGACAAAUUCAUCCACAUUCAAGGAGAUUACAAGGCAAUUGUACACAGCCCCAACCCAUUGAUCCCACCAAUAUUCGCCUCAGACGACAACACUUGUUGCUCUGAAUGGAACACCGCAAUGGAAAAGCUAACCGGAUGGACUAGAAGCGAAGUUAUUGGAAAAAUGCUAGUUGGAGAGAUUUUCGGAAGUUGCUGUAGGCUAAAAGGCCCGGAUGCUAUGACAAAAUUCAUGAUUGUUUUGCAUAAUGCAAUUGGAGGUCAGGAUACGGAUAAAUUCCCAUUCUCAUUCUUUGACAGAAACGGGCAGUUUGUACAAGCUUUGCUGACGGCUAAUAAGAGGGUUAACAUGGAUGGACAAAGUAUAGGCGCGUUCUGUUUCAUUCAAAUACCAAGUCCUGAACUGCAACAAGCUUUAAAAGUUCAGAGGCAACAAGAGAAGCAAUGUUUCGCGAGAAUGAAGGAAUUGGCUUACAUUUGUCAGGAGAUAAAGAAUCCUCUUAAUGGUAUACGUUUUACCAAUUCGCUUUUGGAGGCAACUGAUUUAACCGAAGAUCAGAAGCAGUUUCUAGAGACAAGUGCUUCAUGUGAGAAACAGAUGUUGAAGAUAAUAAAGGAUGUUGAUCUCGAGAUUAUCGACGACGGGUCAUUGGAGCUUGAUAAAGCCGAAUUCUUAGUUGGGAGCCUGAUUGAUGCUGUAGUGAGCCAGGUGAUGUUAUUGCUUAGAGAAAAAGGGGUUCAGUUGAUUAGGGAUAUUCCAGAAGAGAUAAAGACAUUAGCUGUGUAUGGUGAUCAAGCAAGAACACAACAGGUCUUAGCUGACUUCUUGUUGAAUAUGGUUCGUUAUGCUCCUGAACAAGGUUGGGUGGAGAUUCAGGUUCAACCAAGACUAAAACACGUCUCUGGUGCAGUUACUACUGUACAUAUCGAAUUCAGGAUCUCAUGCCCGGGACAAGGACUUCCACCAGAGCUUGUACAAGACAUGUUCCAUAGCAGUAGAUGGUCUACUCAAGAAGGACUCGGUCUAAGCAUGUGCAGGAAGAUUCUAAAGCUCAUGAACGGUGAGGUACAAUACAUUAGGGAAUCCGAAAGGUGCUAUUUUCUUGUAACAAUCGAGCUUCCCAUUCCAAGAAGAGGCUUGAAUAUCGUCGAGCAAGGGGGGUGAUAACUGAUAACUGCCCUUUUAGAACUAUCCAAAAAAAAAACUUCCAACUAGAGAUGUCUGCUUCUAGAAAGAUUCAGUCAUGAAUACAAAUAAUGUGUUGUUUGCACUAGCUCACCCCUAGAUGAAGAUGAUGAGCCAAUUGAGAGGUAAAAACUGUAGAUUGUAACUUAAUAUGAGGUUGAGUGGUUGAUUUUAUUACUAAUUUUACUUCAAAAAACAGAGUACAUCAUCCUAUGUGAUGUGAUGAUGUUGAUCAGCUAUUUUAUUCUAAUCCUGACUUGUGUGGA